AUGUCUCUAAAUGGUAGAAGUUUUAUUUUUUUACCCAACCCUCGCACUUCAUCCAAUAAGUUCUUACAGGAUAUAUUGAAGAAAAAAGGUGCCACAAUCGUAUCAAGUUUUGAAGAUCGCCUUCAAUUCAAUUCAAAGAAAGUGAUCAUUUUGAUUGAUGAUUCUUUUGUUGAUUCUCAAAUGCAUUUGACCCAAAGAGAUAUUUUUAAAAGGGAAGCAGGCUUAAAUGAUAUCGAUGACUUUCUUACCAAGAUUGAAGAAUCAAACAUUCAAUGUCUUAAGAUUAGCUACAUCACAAAAUGGGUUGAGAGUGAAAAAUUUACAAUUGAGAAAGAUUAUUUGAUUAAAAUGAGACCAUCCAUCAUUACCAUAUCGGAUGACACUGACGAUGGACAAAGUUAUAACGAUAAAGAUAGUGAGGUAUCCACUGAUGUAGAAGGUAAGGGAAAUAAUGGCAGCAAAAGUGAAGAGAGAUUAGAGACCCCACAGACUAGUGUACAUUCCUUAAAAUUAGAUGAACGAACAACAUCACUUGUGACUAAUAAAACAAUGUAUAAGAAUAAUGAACUAAUUAUUACAGCGUUGAAGAAAUUAACAAAGAAAUGUGAGAUCAAAGGUGAAAGAUUUCGUGCAAGAAGUUACAAGCUCGCUAAACAGUCACUAGAAAACUGCGAUUUUGACGUUCGUUCUGGUGAAGAAGCACAUAUUAAAUUGAAAAAUAUUGGGCCUAGCAUUGCUAAGAAAAUACAAGUUAUAUUAGAUACGGGGGGACUACCAGGUCUAAAUGAUUCGAUGGGAUUAGAAGAUAAGUUAAAAUACUUCAAAAAUUGCUAUGGGAUUGGGCCAGAAAUUGCUAAACGUUGGAAUCUUUUGAAUUUCGAAAGUUUCUAUAUUGCAGCCAAGAAAAAUCCAGAGGAGUUUAUAUCAGAUUGGUCAGUUUUAUUUGGUUGGUCAUAUUACGACGAUUGGGUACAUAAGAUGUCCCGAAAUGAAUGUUUCGCACAUUUAAAAAAGGUUCAAAAUACGCUACGUGAAAUUGACCCUGAAUGCAAGGUUGAAUUACAGGGAAGUUAUAAUAGGGGCUAUUCUAAGUGUGGUGACAUUGAUCUUUUAUUUUUUAAGCCAUUUUGUAACGAUACGACCGAAUUGGCAAAAAUUAUGGAAACGCUUUGUGUCAAGUUGUACAAGGAAGGUUAUAUUCAUUGUUUUUUACAGCUAACACCAACCUUGGAAAAAUUGUUUGCAAAUAAAAUAGUGGAAAGGUUUCGAACAGCCAGGAUUGUUGGAUAUGGGGAAAGAAAGAGAUGGUAUUCUUCUGAGAUAAUCAAGAAAUUUUUCAUGGGAGUUAAGUUGCCUGCAAAAUAUUUAAAAAAGCUGGAGGAUAUGAAAAAUGAUGAAGGCACUUUUUUGAUCGAAGAGGAGGAAGAAACUAAAUUAAAACAGAUUGACCAAUAUAUGUCUUUAAAUUCCAGCGAUGGAAAUUACUGUAGAAGGCUAGACUUCUUUUGCUGCAAGUGGGAUGAGCUUGGAGCAGGAAGAAUACAUUAUACAGGGUCCAAAGAAUUUAACAGGUGGAUACGGAUAUUAGCAGCGCAAAAAGGCUUUAAGCUUACACAGCACGGCUUGUUUCGAAAUAACACCCUUCUUGAAGGCUUUGAUGAACGUAAGAUAUUUGACCUAUUGAACUUAGACUAUGUUGAGCCUAAAUACAGGAAUAAUAUCCCUUGGGCGGGGAGAACAGGUUAA